UGGAAUAAGUCUUUAUCACUAGGUUUAAUCGAGGUCAGUUUAUUGCCGAGUUGAGCCGCUUACAUACCACUGUACUUUUCGUCCCUGCAUUAUUGCACAUCUCGGGCUUUGUCAAUAUCUCGUACAAGAUCGGAGGAGCCUUUUUAACGGUAUUGCCGUUGCCGCUUCAUACAUCCGCCAGACGGCAAAUAAUGAUGUAGUCAUUGCAUUGCAACGUCAAUCCCCAGACUUCCUUCGUGAUAAAAUCAAACAUAUCUCCUUUCUGUUCCUCUUCUCCAUCGCCACAAACCACCGUCCCACCUGAGUAAACAAACACACUCGCCUCUUACAAUCCUCACGCGACCUCACCAACAACUCUCUCCAACGUCCUGGGCGGACCGUUUGACCCUCAUCAACAUCCAAGAUGUGGUAUCUAGGAAGUUGGAUGUUUCCCGUCAUCUCGGCGUGCAUGUGGCUCGGCAUGCUCCUAGCAAUGUUCAUCUACUGGGAAACAAUAGGCCACCCCAUCUACCCGUCCAUGGACCCAGGCCAAACGAUAGCCUACAUCUCCGACGUGGGCGCCUACAAGUUAAAACCACUCUUCAUAACCGGCGCCUGCGUCACCACAGUCUUCCUAGAUCUGGCCUUCAUGUCCGAACGCUGGCUUCGACACGCAGGCCGCCUGGCCCCCAACACCUCACGAGCCCAGAAGAUCCUAUCAGUCAUCGCAAUCCUCUUCGCGAUCGCGGGCUCCGCAGGCCUCAUCCUCCUCUCUAAUUUUGACACACAUCACUACCCCCGCCUACACGACGCCUUCUUAUUGCUCUUUAUCGGAGGGUACUGGUUCUCCGCCAUCUUCCUGUGCGCCGAGUACCAACGUUUGGGCAUCCACUAUCGCAGCCACCGCAUCCUACACAUAAGCUUCUGGGUCAAAUUGACCUUCAUCCUCGUCGAGUUUGUCUUGGCUGUCAUCUUCGCCUCGACGAGUUACACUGGCAAACCAAAUGUGGCCGCUGUUUUCGAAUGGAUUGUUGCGUUGGUGUUUACAUUCUACGUUCUUUCCUUCCUGCUCGACCUCUUGCCAUCAGUCCGGACCAGCCACCAUCAACCACAAGGCUGGGCGCUCAGGGCAGAGAUGGAGAAGCAUCAGACCGGACAGCAACCUGGUGCUCCGCUCACCAACGAUUCGGCGGGUCCGAAUCAAAACAGGAACGUUGGGCCGGGUGAUGAUCUCGAGGCUGGUGCAUACAGGGGCACACACAUGACUAAUAGUCCUCCUGCCUAUCCCAAUGAUCAUCAUGACUUGGGAAAGAAGAAGCGUGGUGUAGGUCGUCUCCGGUUCUGAUAAAAGAGAUGUUGCGUGGCGAAUGGUGCAUUCUACUCUUUCUGUGGAUACUUUUAAGCAUGUCAACACUCCCAUUGUAUUCUGGAAAAGCCUGCGAACGGGAUUGAGGACGAUAAUUGGGCGUUUUCUGGAUAGGUGUUUGCAUUGCAUGCUCGGGCCGUAAAGGUUUCAAAGCGAGCUGGUAGAGGGAAAAGGUCACCCUUUGGGUCAUUAUUACGACAAUACAUAUCAUUCUAAUCACAAGAGAACAUAUAACUAUAUCUGGCACAUAAACCCGCAUAUCCA